AUGGAUAGGAAGACCCUGAAAAAUAAUAGGCUAAUGAGAUUACUCUGUGAAACCUUGGAUCGGAGCUCUGAUAAAGACUAUCUUAGGGAUAAUAUAACUAGCACAGAUGACGACGAGAAUACUAGUGAUGAGAAUGCUGAUUCUAUUCAAGACAGCGAAUAUACUGACUCUGAAGAAGAGGAUUCUGUGAAUGAAGAGAACUCUAGUAACGAGGACGAUGGCACUGACUACGAGGACUCUUUCUAUGAUGAGUCUUACUCGGACGACCUUGACUCUGAUAACUCUGAUUCCGAUACCGGAAGCCUCUACUCCGAAAACUUUAGUAAUGUCGAUUCUUCCAGCGAGUAUAGUGUCAGGUGA